UUUCCGUACAAGAUUUGUUGUGGUUUUGUUGUAUCCGGAAGAAGAUUUCAAGUUAGCUCGUUGGCUAAUUUAAAUAUAACUUCUUAUGUAUAUGUUAUAACAGGUUAUGCAGGUUCUCUGUAUAAUCGCUAGUAAUAUAAAGUAUGUGAUUGUACUCGUAACGCGCAUCUAAAGCUGGUGCUGGCUACAUACUAUCGCUAGAUGGUGUAUUUCCUUCAACUUAUAUGAUGGUGUAGUCGGCUAACCUCCAUUAGCUAAGUAACAAGGUGCAGCAUGAAACCUAUGAUAAUGAGGCAGUGUGUUCUCCAUGGACCUAGUGGAUCAUGUCUCUGAUCCUGUUUGCCUUUGUGGUUCGGGUCAGGGAUGGACUCCCCCUGUCGGCCUCCACAGAUUUUGAACACAACCGAGAGCUCCAGGAGAGGAAGCAGCAGCUCAGGACCGUCAGCAAGGCAUUGGCCUGUUUCCCUGGCAGAGGGACCAUCAAGGGCCAGGAGCUCAACAUUUACUUCGUCUCUUCAGAGGGUGUAUCCUACAUGACCGUGUGCCACUGCAGCCUCCCUGUUGCUAAGGCCUUCUGCUUCCUGGAAGAUCUGCGCUGGGAGUUCACAGCAUGCUUCAAUAGCACUGUUGUUACCUUGGCAGCCAGGCCAUAUCCAUUUUUGGAAUUUGACAGCACCAUUCAGAAGCUGAAGCAGCAGUACAACCAGAGCGGUGGUCCGGCCCUGGAGGUGACAUUGGCAGAGGUCCAGGAGGAUCUGAGGAUCCAUCCACCCAAAAUAAUUAACUUAGAGGAAGUGGAGCUCACCAACGGCAUUGCAAAUGGACACAUGGAGCAAAGCACUGGGUCUGGUCAGAAUGUAAGACUGGAACCAGUGACCGCGCCAGGCAUCCUCUCUCUGGUCUUAAAUAUCAUGUGUGCAUCUUUGAACAUAAUCCGUGGUGUUCACCUCAUAGAGUACACAUUCCAGGAUGAUUAUGAAGGCAUAUGGAAUGUUGUGGCAUUUCUUCUGGCGUUUGUCUGCUGUGUGUUUCAGUGCCACCUUUACCUGUUCCAUUCAUCUUUGAAGAAACUCAAGUCCUUCACUCUGUUGAGUGUGAUCGUCCUAUGCAACCUCUACCUGCUCGGCCUAAGGAAUGUGUGGCAGCUCAUCUUCCACAUUUCAGUCGCCUCCCUCUCCACCCUCCUCAUCCUCAACCGCAAAGUCCAAGACAGAACCAAUGACUGUGGGGUCUGAGAAGCAGGGGGCAUUUUACUGGGUUGCAACGCUCGUAGCUCUUUCAGUGGAGGUGAGAUCGACAGGGAAGCAAAUGGUUUGACCCACAUUAGGUCGAAAGAUGUCGUGUGGAUUUUUUGCAUAAAAACAUAUUCAUGAAUUUUGUGUCAUAAUGGAAAAUUAUAAUUACAAGUUAAUAUUUUUUUUUUUAUACAGUAUGUACUUGCACUUUGUGUACAUUUGUUUUCAGGACUGUAAAGAGUAUACAGUAAAAUGCAGUGCUCUCUUGAACCUUAAACAGAAAAGCUAAAAGGAGAUGUUUGUGCCAUUCUGUCCUAAAAAGUUUUUGAUGAAAAUGGAGUUUUUUUUUUAGUCAGAGUAACUGACCAAAGUUUUUCCAUAUACAGUACAAACAAUCAUUUCAUCACAGCCCUAACUUUUAAAGCUGCUCAUGCUUGCGAUGUUUAUGCAUUUUUGCUCACAUUCAGCUCAGUAUUAUUUCUGCUACAGGCCCUUGAUUAUCUUUGUAUAAUCAGUUUACAACGCUAAGUGACAGUUGGUGAUUGUAACAGACAUUACAGAUUUAAUUGUGCUUUUAAAAUAGACACAGAUGGCUGAUUAGCAGACAGUUAUUGGUUAUCACGCAUUCUGUGAUACCUAAAUGGUUUAGUGUAGUCUGAGUUAAGAUAAAAGUAGUAAAAGUAAAGCAGGCAAAGCAACUAUUUUUAUUUGUUUUCCAUAAUUUGCUCAUUGGGCUACAGGACAAACCUAAUGCAAGGUGUACAUGUAAAGCUGUGGGUUGUUUCAUGCCUUACUGGGUGACAAUGCAAUUGUUUUUAAUUGUUUAAUUGUGUUGACUUAUGUACAGAUACACCAGCAAGUGCUCAGCUAGUCAUUGCAAAGUUUAAAUGUAAGGGCUCCAUUAUUUAUAUUGGAAACUACAUUCAAUACAGAGGGAAUAUUUGUCUCACAGUCAUGUAAAGGCAUGAUGUUAAGGCAUAUUAUCUUACUAUUUUCAACACAGUUUGUGAUAAAAGGAGAAUUUUAUCACAUCAACUCCAUUUAAAACCCAUUUUUGUAUGAUCAAAAAAUGUUUGAUUAUUUAGUUUGUCUGUUUAAUCUUUUCUCUACUGAUCUCUGCAUUGUCAAAAUGUAAACUGCGGGUAAGAAUAUGAAAGCACUGAUUUGAUGGGUAAUAUACUAUUGAAAUUUGUUGAAAACAAUUGUAUGACUGCACUAUUAGGCUUAGAUAUUGUUUUGUGUUGGGUAUAGCAAUUUUCCUUGAAUGUGUUGCAUAUCGGGUUCAGCUAUUUUUUAUCCUGAUUUAUGUUUACUUGGUUCAUUUUUUGUCUUGUUUCAGGGUUGAUUACGCUGCUCCCCUAUCUGUUGUUCUCAGAUUGGUAUAAACAUACAAAUCAUAUGAUUAUAAUAUAUGUUUGAAUAUAGAACAGUAGUGCUGCUAAAUAAAUAGGCAAUGUCUCCUUUUAGUUCAUUUUAACAUUAUUUAGCUAAUUUAGUAUUUAGCUUCAUAGAGAUGUUUUAUUAGUUGAACACUUGCACUAAUGUCUGUUUAGCAAGGGAAGUCAAUUAUUAGUUUAUAGUGUUUUUCAAAUAGUGUUGUGGCAUUGUGUUCUUUUUAUUCUAUUUUAUCAAGAAAGUCAGAGGGAAUUUUAAAAGAAAACAAAAAGGUUGCAUCCCAUCCGACAAUCCACAAUAAUGUACAAAUGCUUUAGAAAGAGUCGGUCGCUUUUAGCUUGUAGUUUACAAAGAUGGAGGAAACUAACUAAGUUUUCACUGGAUAUGUAGAGUAGCUGCAGAAAACAUUUCAAUUUGUUGUCAAGUAGGUUGCACUAUCUGGGUAUUUUAGCAAAUGGCUGAGAAUUAGACGGCUCGUUGACUUUAAUGCUCGGAUCAUACGACAGAGGAGAAACUCUUGUUUAAAUGAAGUAUUCUUGGACAGGGUUAACUUGGAAAUACCAUAAAUAAAAUGGUAUUUUCUGCCCAGGACUUUGGUAAAGCUGUAAUAUUUUUGAAACAAAGGAGGUUUUACCAUUUCCACUGUAGCCUAUAAAUUGUUGACCAAAUGUAUUGUAAAAAAAUUUUUUUUCUAAAAGAUGUAGAACCAAAUAAUGUGGGAGGUAUUUCAACACUUGAAAUGGAAAUUAAGGAUAAUUUGUUAAUUAUGAUGGUUUAUAACAUACUGUAAAAAUACACUGUACAAUU